GCAGAGCAGAAGAGCGAAACAUGGCGACAUCAAACAAUCCGCGGAAAUUUAGCGAGAAAAUCGCUUUACAUAAUCAGAAGCAGGCAGAGGAGACCGCAGCAUUCGAGGAAGUGAUGAAAGAUUUGAGUAUUACCCGAGCAGCGAGGUUACAGUUACAGAAGACCCAGUAUUUACAGCUGGGACAAAACCGUGGGCAGUACUAUGGCGGAUCAUUGCCAAAUGUCAAUCAGAUUGGAAAUGGCACCAUUGACAUGCCUUUUCAGACUCCCUUUCAAGGUUCAGGUGACACUAGCAGGACAACACGGCAUCAUGGAUUGGUUGACAGAGUUUACCGGGACAGAAACCGCAUCACGUCCCUACACGGAAGGCCCCUCGACAAACAUGGACGCCAAAUAUCUUUUACUGUCGGUUUAUGCAACUGUAUAGUUGAUAACUUUUUAUUUUACGGUCUGCUAUGCAACGGAUAUUUGAUUAUGAAUGACAUGGUAAUUACAUAGUCAUUUUACAGUAACAAUUUGCCUUUUCAUUAAAGCAAGCACCACUAUGUAACAUCUUUAACCAUUGUACUUCAAAAGCAUAUGCUGUACUUUAUGGCAUAAUGGUGUUUUACAUUGACAUCAGUUGUGAAAUGCUACAGAUUUGUGUUGCCCUUAACCAGUGGUAUCACAUUGAUAGCUGUCCAUACGGUUCAGUGUAUCUGUCACCCCCACCUGACACCAGUUGGAGGAGGACUAACUCGGACUCUGCGUUGCAUCAGAGCACCUUGAACCCACAGGACAUUUUCGCGGGAGGCUCACAGGACAUGCAGCCUAAACGAGUGCUUCUGCUUCAUGUACCAAGGCCAGAAGACACAGAAUCAGAUAUGGACAAAGACGAACAAAAACAGAACUGGGAUGGGAAAAAGAAUGCUUCAUCAAGGUCCAAGGUCCCAGGAAUCAAUAUAUUCCCGUCUCCGGAUCAGGAUCUGACCGCGACACUGAUGCCAUCAGCCCACGACACGGGCGGUGGCUCCCUGCCUGAUCUGACAAACAUCCAGUUCCCCCCUCCGCUGCCCACCCCCCUGGACCCCGAAGACUCCACCCUCAGCGCCUCCAACAGCACGGGAAACCUGGCCCCCAGCCACUCACACAGUUUCAGUUCCACCAGCCAAGGACAGACCACCUCCCAGCAAGGCAGGCAGGACAACAUGGUCAACCAGGACUCCCAACAGCACCACUCCCUACAGCUCUCCCCCACCUUGUCGCCACCGCUCACCCUCGCCCAGGCGGAGACCAUAGAUGCCAUGACUCUGGAAGCGCAGAUGUCCCAGUAUGCGUUCUUCAGCCAGUCCUCCUCUCAGCAGCAGCAACAGCAGCAGCAGACCACUCAAGGACUGACCAGGCUGGUCCAGCUCCCCUCCCCUCUGAACACCUCCUCCAUCCAGACACAGAACUCCAUGGAUAUGAACUCGCACAACUCCAUAUUGGGMAGUGUAUUUGCAGACUUCUAUGACCAGCAACUCGCAUCCAGACAGACCAGUGCUCUCUCCCAACAGCUGGAGCAGUUCAACAUGAUCGACAACAAUAGUCUGUACGGACAGGGCUCAACCCUCAACUACUCCCAAGCAGCCAUGAUGGGUUUGACGGGAAGCCACGGCAACCUGCAAGACUCCCAGCAGCUGGGCUACAGUAGCCAUGGCAACAUCCCCAACAUCAUUCUCACAGCCACAGGAGAGUCUCCACCCAGACUGUCCAAGGGGUUGUCUUCUAGCUCUCUGUCAGCUGACAUCAGCUUCGAUGCGGACUCUCAGUUUCCCCUAGACGAGCUGAAGAUCGACCCGCUGACCCUGGACGGGCUGCACAUGCUCAAUGACCCUGACAUGGUCCUCACUGACCCUGCCACUGAAGACGCCUUUCGGAUGGACCGGCUGUAGAGCUGCUGCCAAAGUCACCGACUGSGUCGGUGAAACCCGGCCUGAGGGGUUGAGGGCUUGUGUCUGAGGGGAGAGGGCUACUUUUGGGGUGUGGGAGCCCAAGGCGAGGCCCCAGCUGUGAAGUGUGUUCAUCCCACCUCCCUUCACCAGCAGCCCCUUUCUAAGAGCUAUGGGAUAGUGAGGUAGUAGGGAAAUUAGUUUGUCAAGAAAUGGUCGACACAGUUUGCUUUCUCUCUUCAGAAUGGGAAAGAUGGAUGGCAACGUUGUCAUGUCUGGUGGAUAUUGAGCUUAUGGUCCUGCUGUGACUAGUUUGUGCUUACUUUUCUUCAUCCCUUAACUUUUUUUUUCUUCUUUUUUUUUUUACACAUGCAUCCUGCCUGCCAUUCUGUUGGAUGCUUUGGUUUUUGUAAAGAAGAAAAACAGUAGGGGCUACAACACUACAUUGGUCUCGCCUCCCAUUUUGAAGACAUUAACUGAUUCAAAUCAUGUCUGCAGGGGAAACUGUUUAUCUUUCUCUCACCUGCCAUACUAGAUUAGCAUGUCUUAKCUUAUAUAAUCACUCAUCUGCUUUUCAGAACCGCCCUCUCAUGGUAAAUCUUGCCCGUCACAUUUCCAUCAAUGCCCUUAACCUCGCUGUCUAACUCACACUAGUUGUAUUUAUUGGUGCUCUGAUUUUUGCCACGAAGUUGACCAGUAUUUUACUUUAGGUUCCCUUCCGAACUUGUCAUAGUGCUGGUCAACAGCUAAGCGGUUUACUUAGUUGAACAACUAGGAGUUAUAACCCUCCCCUUUAGCUUAUGAUUUUCCAGGGCAGCUGAAGUAAAAACCUAAAUUCCAGUUUAACAAACCUUGAAAAAUCACAUAAAAAAAAAAAAAGGAUAUCAGCCUAGCGUCACUUUGGCAAUUUAUCCAUGAAAUGACAUUUCGGGUGUAAUAUGCCACCAAUGGUAGCUGGUUUUCAGACGCAAACAAGAUAAAAAAUGAAAUCUGAACGAAUCACCGUGAGUGAUAAGAUUCUGCCUUAUAAGAAGAGUACAUGAUAUGGAAAGCUGUUAUCUCAACUCUCCAUUAAAAAAAUGCAGGUUGUUGUGCAACUUGUUUAGACUCUUAAGUAGUGAAGUGUAAACUUUUAUCAAGCAUCACCGUUUCUUUUCCGAUGGCCUGAAUCAAAUUGGCACUAGUGUGAGAAGAGGACCAAGUUGAGCACAACUAGGGGAGGUUUAUCACAACUUACGUUGUUAUCCACUGCUUUUCACUUGUUACCAUUUUGCUUUUCAUAUUUGAGGUGGUACUGUAUUUCACUUGUCAGCCAAAUAGAAAUGGACAGAAAGAACUGAGGUAUCACAUUUCUGAUGCCCUUGUAGUUGAUACUUGUGAAUUAGAUGUUUUAUUUCAAACAAUUGCUUGAUCACUCAGUAUGGGUACAUCUCCGUUGGGUGUAGUCAACAAGGAACUCCUAUCACACAAAGCUACAGCCAAUAAGGGGGAACCCCUCUCCUUUAUAAGGCGCUGUCGCUCCCUCCUGCCUCACUUUUCAUUCUUCCUUACGAUGUUGUAAUACUGCUAAUAUACUCUCCUCAGCAUUGACUUGGACUACUGUUUCCUGCUGAACUGUUGAUAGGUUAACCCGUAUGGUUCGCUGUUGAUUGUAGGAAUCCAGCUUCUUGUCGAGAGUGUUUAGCUUUUUACCCRAAAGUAAAUUUUUCUCUGGCUAGCUAGCGUCACACAGCUAGUUCUACCCUACCAGCGCACCUAGCUACCACUUYCUGCUGCUUAUUCCCAAUGAGGUGGAGGAAGGAAGAAACUUGGCUUGGUCCUGCUUCAGGUGAAUUUAACCCAGCUAGCUCAAAAAGAAUGCACCUUCUCUUCAGCUAGCAGUGUGCUAGCAGUGUGCUAGCACCAGCUAGGUUACUAACCCUUGGGGUGAAAACCAGCUUCCUAUGCCAGGACUAGCUAGCUACAGAGCUAAGCGUCGUCGAGCACACGCCUAGAGCUAUCUCCUGGCGUAGGUAGCAUCCCUUCCUCCUGCCUAACUUUCCAGCAGCCUCGCUGACCAGGUUGACCGGUCUUGCGUAUAGGUACUGCGGCCUUGUGAGAUUCUCUAGCCUAUAGAGGCUUGUAAGCUCACUCCAACAGAGUUAUGGCUCUCUUUCCAGUGUGCUUGCAAUAGCUAGACGACUAACCCACAAGGUGAACUCUAGCUAGCUACUGACAGGACUUCUAGCUACACAGCUAAGCAUCAGUAGCACACACACAGCCCAGGGUUUUCCUGUCGAACGCUAGCUAGCUAAAGCCUAGCAGGCAGUGUGCCCCUGAUGAUGCGUUGGGAUGUCCGUACCACCCUCUGGAGAGUCCUUCGACUGCGGGUGGUGUAGUUGUACCAUGGGGUGAUACAGCCMGACAGAAUGCUCUCGAUGGUGCAUCUGUAGAAGUUUGUGAGGGUAUCAUGGGACAAGCYAAAUUUAUUCCACCUCCUGAGGUUGGAGAGGCUCUGUUGCGUCUUCUUCAUCACGCUGUCGGUGUUAAGGGACCAUUUUAGGUCCUCAGUSAUGUGCACACAGAGGAACUUGAAGCUUUUGACCCUCUCCACUGCGGCCCCGUUGAU